CAGGCUUCAUUCCUGGGGCUUCAGUUUCCACCAGACAGCAAUACAUAAUAAUAACUUCUAGUCUUCUUCUUCGAUGGAUCUUAUUGCAUGCGUUGCAGAAUGAAUACUCCCUCCCUCCCUCCCUCCUUCACAGCCCCCAUUAUUACACAACCUGGAGAUAUAUGGAACAAAUUAAUUAUACAAAUCUUGGAUCGAGAAAGGAAAGGUAUGUAAUAAAGCAAAUAGAUCGAAGAGGUGUUGAAGCUGUAAGUCGGUGGGGAAAUGAGAAUUUUGUGGACAGCAUACAUCAUCAAUGGCUACGAACAUCUUUAAUUUGUCAAAAGUGAGUUUAAUUAAUGAAAUCGUGGAAGUGGAUGCCAAAUGAAUGUAAAAAAGAAGAGAGGGAAUCUAAUCUCUGGUCUGUAAAGACGAUAGUGUGUGUAUCUUUUUUUACUUACUAUGGCGUAAAGACAUCAAUCUUGCACAUGAAGUUUGUCCCUUUUUCUUUCUCACUUUUAACCUUCCAGCAAUGAAUUCCACUACUGUCAUGCAUGUCGACCAUUGCUAUAUCUUGUCUUUCUGCUUCAGUCUAGGCCUCCCCUUUUCUUUUCUUCCCUCGAUAAGCUAACGAGGAAAUUAAUUAAUGCGGGAAGGUGGUCCAAAAUUGAAUCAUUUCUGCGUGACUGAGAAACCCUAAUUUGUUAGAAAUGGGGAUUGCUCGGAAGCUGGUAGUGGAGGUGAUUGAUGCAAGAAAUCUGGUGCCCAAAGACGGUCAUGGCACCUCGAGUCCGUACGUGAUCCUGGACUUUCACGGGCAGCGGAAGAAGACCAGGACCGUCGUCCGGGACCUGAAUCCUGUCUGGAAUGAGACCCUCGAGUUCAACGUCGGCAAGACGUCGGAAGUGUUCGGCGAUGUCCUGGAGCUCGAUGUUCUUCACGAUAAGAAUGUCGGGCCGACCACCAGGAAUAACUUCCUCGGCAGGCUGAGGCUGAAUUCCACGCAGUUCGUCAAGAAAGGAGAGGAGGCACUCAUUUAUUAUCCCAUGGAGAAAAAGAAUGUCUUUAGCUGGAUCCAGGGCGAGAUUGGAUUGAAGAUUUAUUUCCUUGACGAGGUAGUCCCGACGCCACCGCCGCCGCCGCCGGAGGAGGAGAAGAAGCCAGCUCCUGCUGAAGCCGAAAAGAAAGAUUCGUCCCCGGCGGAGCCUUCGAGCGAAGAAGAACCGAAACCGGAAGAAAAUACGACGGCGGCCGGAACUGAAAACCAGGCCGAUCCUGUGGAUCUAACACCAGAGGCGGCGGCGCCGCCGGUGACCAGCAGCCAAAGCCCUGAUCAAGUAAUGGCAUCGGUGCCAUUGUCGGGGUUUAAGGUCAACAACAUCACAGCUCCUCAGCCAAUCGGCCGCGUGUCGUCAGCGAGUAGCUUUUUGUCCGAUCAAUCCGACAGAUCAACCAUCGAACGGUCCACAUUCGACCUCGUCGAGAAAAUGCAUUAUCUCUUCGUCCGAGUCGUGAGAGCUCGCCGCCUCCCGACCGCCGGAAGCCCAGUCGUUAAAAUAGCCGUUUCCGGCAGCCACGUCAUCUCAAAGCCAGCUCGGAAAACCGCAUUUUUCGAUUGGGACCAAACCUUCGCAUUCAAUCGUGACUCUCCCGAUUCCUCCUCCCAACUCGAAGUCUCGGUGUGGGACCCAUUGAGCCCAACCCCCGCCGGCGCCGGCGCCGUCACCGUCGCCGACAUGAGCAGGCACGAUUUCUUGGGCGGCAUUUGCUUCGACGCAGACGAGAUCCCCUUGCGGGACCCACCCGACAGCCCGUUGGCCCCACAAUGGUACCGUCUCGAAGGGGGUCCAGCCCCCGGAGACCUCAUGCUCGCGACGUGGAUCGGCACCCAAGCCGAUGAAUCGUUCCCCGACGCCUGGAAACCUGAAACCUCAACUUCUCCGAAUUCAAAAUCCAAAGUGUACCAAUCCCCGAAACUGUGGUAUCUGAGAUCAACAAUCAUCGAAGCACAAGACAUCUCCGCGUCGACGCCAUUAAAGGACACAUCCUAUCAGAUCAAGGUCCAGCUGGGCUUCCAGGUCCAGAAAACAAAACCAGUUCUCACCAGAACCGGCAAUCCGUCGUGGAGUGAAGACCUGAUGUUCGUCGCCGCCGAGCCAUUCACAGAAACCAACCUCGUAUUCUUCCUAAUCGAAAACCGGCCGCCGAAGGAGCCAUUCAUUAUCGGAAUUGCUCGAGCGCCGUUGACGUCCAUAGAGCGGCGAGUCGACGACCGGAACGUGGCGUCCAGGUGGUUCACAUUGGAGGAUCCCAACGAGGAGAAACGGGUGUACAAAGGUAGGCUCCAUUUACGCCUCUGUUUCGACGGCGGUUAUCACGUGAUGGACGAAGGAGCUCACGUGUGCAGCGACUACCGCCCCACCGCCAGACAGCUCUGGAAACCUCCGAUCGGAACAAUCGAAUUGGGGAUCAUCGGAUGCAAGAAUUUGCUGCCGAUGAAAACCUGGGAAGGAAAAGGCUCCACCGACGCCUACGCCGUCGCCAAAUACGGCAACAAAUGGGUACGCACUCGCGCAAUUUCCGACAGCCUGGACCCCAAAUGGAACGAGCAGUACACGUGGCGAGUUUACGAUCCUUCUACAGUACUCACCGUCGGAGUUUUCGACAGCUGGGAAGCCCUCGAAUCGGACGCCGGCGUUGCAGAGUCCAUGCGCCCUGAUUUCCGCAUCGGAAAAGUACGGAUUCGUAUAUCCACGCUGGCGAUCGGAAAAGCUUACAGAAAUGUCUUCCCGCUGCUCCUGCUGUCCCAAUCGGGGCUGAAGAAGAUGGGCGAGAUCGAAUUGGCAGUCCGAUUCGCACGUGCGGCUCCCACGAUCGAUUUCUUGCACGUGUACUGGCAGCCAUUGCUGCCGACGAUGCACCACAUAAAGCCCCUCGGCGUUUUGCAGCAGGAGGCGCUGCGAUCGACGACGGUUAAGAUAGUCGCCGCCCACCUGUCGCGGGCGGAGCCGCCGCUCCGGCGGGAGGUCGUUACGUACAUUCUGGACGCGGAUUCCGGCACGUUCAGUAUGCGCAAGGUGCGCGCCAACUGGCUGAGGAUAAUCAACGUGAUCGCCGGAGCGAUCGACGUUUUCAAAUGGGUGGACGACACCCGGUCGUGGAAGAAUCCGACAGCGACGCUCCUCGUACACGCCCUGCUGAUAAUGCUCGUCUGGUUCCCCGAUCUGAUAAUCCCCACUCUGGCACUAUACGUCUUCGCCGUCGGCGCGUGGAAUUACCGCCUCCGGCCCAAAUCGUCGAUGCCCCAAUUCGACGGGAAGCUCUCCCUGGCGGAAUCCGCCGACAGGGACGAGCUGGACGAGGAAUUCGACUCAAUGCCUUGCAGGAGACCGAACGAGACGGUCCGGGCCAGAUACGAUAAGCUCCGGAUGCUGGGAGCUCGGGUCCAGACCGUGUUGGGUGACUUGGCGACGCAGGGGGAGCGGCUGCAGGCGGUGGUCACGUGGCGGGACCCACGUGCGACGGGGAUGUUCGUGGGGCUCUGCUUGGUGGUGGCGCUUAUACUCUACCUGGUCCCUUCCAAGAUGGUGGCUAUGGCGUUUGGAUUCUACUACUUAAGGCAUCCAAUUUUCAGGGACAGAAUGCCGUCGCCUGCGCUGAAUUUCUUCCGGCGAUUGCCUUCCCUUUCCGACAGAAUGCUGUAGCUAAAAUUAUUAUAAAAUACUGUUGUCUGAUAUUUUAUGAUGAAUGGGUAAUUCUGGAAUUACAUGCUGUGGUCAAAAGAUUUGGAUGAAAUCUCGUGCUGUAUUGAUUAGUAGGUCGGCGAAAUUAAGGCUUAAAAAUUAAGGUUUAAUUUGGAAAUCUGCUCAAAUGAAUAAAACCAAAUUUGGACCACAAAAACAGCAAUAAACAUCACA